AUGACAUACCGCCCGCUUCAAGAGCAUUCUAAUUAUGUUGUUCAUUAUAUUUCGUCGACAUUCGUUAAAAUUGAACAACUGAAAACUGAUCUUAAUGCAGAGUAUCAGCAAGAAAAACAUGCACUAACUGAAUUGAACGAACAAUUGCGUUUGAUGAUUGAUCGUGUUGAACAAUUGGAAUCACAAAAUUCAACAUAUGUUGCAAAACUGACCGAUUUGCGACGACAAGGAUUCAUUGUUGCUACUACUGGUAAACAAAAUGAUGAACAUUAUCGUCUACAGAGUCAUAUAAUGGCAGUCAACUACGAAAAAGUUAGCUACGAAUCGGAAAUUGAAUUCUUUCAGCUGCAAAUUAAAAUCUAUCAGCAAAUGAUCCAAGCUGAAAAUCAAUCAAUCGAUGAACAGCGAUUGAAAUUAGAACAAGAAUUGAAUCAAUCUGCAUCAGCCCUUGUCAAUCUACGUACAUCCUAUGAAGAAUUGGGAAACAAAGUUGGAAGUUAUCGUACAAUGUGUAAAGAGACAUUGCAGCAUCAAUGCAGUUUAUUUCUGACAGAUAUGUCUGAUUUUGCUGAAUUUUGGAAGGUUGAAUGGAAACAAAUUAUUGAGAAAAUACGUCAUGAUUUCGAACUAUUAUAUGGAGCAAUGCAUCAAGAAACAAUCAGUUUUUAUGAAAAGAAAACUCAGGAAGUACAAGCCGAAUUAGAACAAAUAACACAAUAUCAACCAGUUGAACAGGAAGCGCAUAUAAAGAUUCAACAGCAACUCCAGAGCGAAUAUGAAGAAGUGCAGAAGAAAUUCGCUUCUGAAAAACAAGUUCUACUGGAAACGGAAGCAACUUAUUCUAAAUUAGAAUCCGAACUGAACACGAUUCAAACGCAAUAUGAAGAACAAUUCACAGCACAGGCCAGUGAUUUAGAUUAUUUACAGGAAAGUAUCCUGGCUAUGGUGAGUAGUAUCGAAGAAAUGCGACGAAGCACACACAUAUGUUUGACGAAUCAAUCGGCUAGUGAAGCUAUCGAUAUUUCAAGAUGGCAGUUGAUACGGCAUGUUGAUUCAAAGGUGAUACUUCAAUAUACAGUACCCGAUGGACUUCGACUUCAGCCAGGCAGUGAACUAAAAAUCUAUUCGGAAUCAGGUGCUGCAGUUGCUCAAAAAUUGUCGAAUCAAAGUGCUUUCUCGUCAUCCCUACAUCAGGAACUUGUCCUUAAAGAUAUAUCUUCAAUGGGUAUGUGA